CAAAGAGGCGCGAAAGCGAGGGCUGCGCGGGGAGCGGAGGGAGGGAGCGAGCGAGCGAGGGAGCUCCCUUCGUCUCUGCGGACAUGGUCUGGAAACGGAAGGCUUUCAUUCAGUCUGUCAAGAUAGGUUUGAUGGUUCCCCUUCCAACCCUGCAUAGAAAAGUUGAAGAGGCAUGGAUAUAACAUGAUUCUCUUAAUAUGCUCAAAAACGAUAUGAAUUUUAUAAAAGUUCAUUCCUUGAUGAGCUAGAUAAAAGAUGGAUGAAUCUGCCUUACUGGAUCUGUUGGAGUGCCCUGUCUGCUUAGAACGCCUUGAUGCUUCUGCAAAAGUCUUGCCUUGCCAACAUACAUUUUGUAAACGGUGUCUGCUGGGCAUUGUAAGUUCCAGAAAUGAGCUGCGAUGUCCAGAAUGCCGGACGUUAGUUGACUGCAGUGUUGAUGACCUUCCCAGUAAUAUUUUACUAGUUCGAUUACUGGAUGGCAUUAAGCAGAGGCCCCGAAAACCUGGUGCUGGGGUGAAUUGUGCAAAUUCAUUAAGGGCCCAGAGCAGCACUGUUGGUAAUUGCAUUCCAAAAGACCUGCAAAGUUCUCAGAGUGGCCAGCAGCAGAGAGUGCAAGCACGGAGUCCUCCUGUUAGGGGUGUACCUCAGUUACCCUGUGCCAAAGCAUUAUAUAACUAUGAGGGCAAAGAACCUGGAGAUCUGAAAUUCAGCAAAGGUGACAUCAUCAUAUUACGUCGGCAAGUUGAUGAAAAUUGGUAUCAUGGAGAAGUCAAUGGUGUCCAUGGAUUUUUUCCUACCAACUUUGUCCAGAUUAUUAAACCUUUACCUCAACCACCACCACAGUGCAAAGCACUUUAUGAUUUUGAAGUUAAAGACAAGGAAGCAGAUAAGGAUUGUUUACCCUUUUCAAAGGAUGAUAUUUUGACCGUGAUUCGCCGAGUGGAUGAAAACUGGGCUGAAGGAAUGCUGGCUGACAAGAUAGGAAUAUUUCCAAUUUCAUAUGUUGAGUUUAAUACAACAGCAAAGCAGCUGAUAGAACUGGACAAGCCUUCAAGUUCUGCAGUAGACUCUGGAGAAGGCACUUCUGGUGCAUCCCAGUGUAAUUCCAUUCAAAAGCACAUGGAUACCAAGAAGAACACCAAAAAACGCCACUCCUUUACCUCCCUUACCAUGUCCAACAAGGCCUCUCAGUCUUCUCAGAAUCGUCACUCUAUGGAAAUCAGUCCUCCUGUCCUCAUCAGCUCCAGUAAUCCCACUGCUGCAGCUCGCAUAAGUGAACUUACAGGCCUUUCUUGCAGUGCACCUUCUCAGGUUCAUAUCAGCACGACAGGGCUAAUUGUGACCCCACCACCCAGCAGUCCAGUAACAACAGGGUCUUCAUUUACCUUUCCACCAGAGGUCACCUACCCAGCUGCUCUUGGUAAUUUGAACCCCCCUCUUCCACCACCACCUCUCUUGCCUGCUACAAUAAUUGCUCCCUCUUCUACUGGGUUACCCUCAGGAGCAGCACAGAAAUCUACAUCAGGAUCCACUGAACAAACAGCACAUUUGCGCCCACAAGCACGACCAAGUGUGUACAUUGCUAUAUAUCCAUACACUCCUAGAAAAGAUGAUGAACUGGAACUGAGAAAAGGCGAGAUGUUCUUGGUAUUUGAGCGUUGUCAGGAUGGCUGGUUCAAAGGCACCUCCAUGCAUACAAGCAAAAUUGGGGUGUUCCCUGGCAAUUAUGUGGCACCAGUCACAAGAGCAGUGACAAGUGCCUCCCAAGCAAAAGUCCCUGUAUCUACUGCUGGUCAGACAGGGCGGGUGGUGACCAUGGUCAGCUCUUCUACUGCUGGAACAUUGCAGAAACUUCAGGGAAAUGGAGUUACAAUGAACUCCAGUGUGGUACCAACAGCAGUGGUCUCUGCAGCUCACAUACAAGCUAGUCCACAAACCAAGGUUCUUAUGCACAUGACCAGCCAAAUGACUGUCAACCAGGCUCGCAAUGCGGUUCGAACAGUUGCAGUACACAACCAAGAAAGACCUACAGCCACAGUGACGCCAAUUCAGGCUCAAAGUUCAGCAUGUCUUAUUCCUGCUGCUGUAAUUAUUCCACACCAUUCCGUUGCCUCCCAACAGCUCCAACCUCAGCUUUCAAAUGCAGCUGCUGCUUAUAUCACAGCUGUGAAUAUCAACCGGACAAAUGUCCCACUGGCUUGUGCAGCAGCUACGUUAAACUCUCCUGUCGCUUCUACAUCUCUAGAUGGAGAUGCUAGUGGAAAAAUCAUGACGGUUCAUCCUGGAGGUCCAGAGAAUACAUUAGCAGCUGGUGGAUUUACUACUGUUAGUAAACCAGAUAGAGAUAGCAAGAAAGAAAAAAAGGGGCUGCUGAAGUUGCUUUCAGGAGCAUCUACGAAACGCAAACCUCGGGUGUCUCCACCAUCAUCGCCAACAUUGGAAGCUGAGCAGGCAGCUGCAGAGCUUGCACUGCAAGGUGCUGUUGGGCCAGAGGUUCCAUCAACAUCCAGCCAUGGAAGAACUGAAUCCUGUCCCAUGGACGGAGAAACGUCAUCAGCACUAAUUCAGGAGAAUUCUCAUCGGAAAGCAAAUUCUUCGGAUUCCAGUAUUCCUAUAGCUCCUCCUCCACGGCAGCCCUGCUCUUCACUGGCCCCAGUUCUGAAUGAAUCCAGGCCUGUGGUCUGUGAACGAUUCAAGGUUGUGGUAUCUUAUCCUCCUCAAAGUGAAGCUGAGCUGGAGCUUAAAGAAGGAGAUGUUGUUUUUGUUCACAAAAAACGCGAAGACGGCUGGUUCAAAGGCACACUGCAACGGAAUGGAAAAACUGGCCUGUUUCCAGGCAGCUUUGUAGAGAGUAUCUAAGAAGACUCAUUUCAAAUCACACAGCACUAUAAAAUAGCACAAAUAUUUUACAAGUCAGAGUGCAGCCAUUGAAGACUUUUAAAAUUAUUGUAGUAUAAUCAAAUUUAUAUUUAUGUUUUUCCAGUAUCCCAUAGCACAAUUCUGCCAGCAAAGAAAGAUUAGGGCAUUUGCUGGGUAUUUUUUUUAAUCAUUUUGAAUUCUUAUGUGUAAUGUGUGCCUUGUAAUGCCUGGUUUCUUCUACAGAUGAACUUAAAAAAAAGAUAUAACACAAAAGAGCAAUUGUUUACAAGGCUGUAACUAAUUUAUUCUUCAUUUUCUAAACUUGAAUUCUGUUUGAUAGCUGAAUCUUGGUGAUUAUGAUUAACAAGUUAUUAAUUUAUGAAAUGAAUUAAGGAGGCUGGAUUCUCUCUUCUAUACAAAGGCAUCGUGUCUGACAGAUUGCUUUCUCCCACUGUAUGUGACAGUGAAGUGAGUUCGUUUUAUAGGUAAAUGUUGGCUGUAAUGGUGGUGUUGUGGUGUCAAAUUUAAACUGCAAACUGGGAUAAAAUGGCAUUGUGAGCUUUUUCUUAUUUGGGGUGAGAAGCUCUCUGUCAGUGGCAACUCUAAAUUCCCCAGGAAGCAUAUAACAUUUCUGGAAAGCAAAACGGUUAACUGUGCAACUGAUUUAAACCUUAACAUUCUCAAAGUGGGAAUGAGAAAUGUGGAAUAUGCCAGAGAUGGAGGAAACAACUUCCCCUAGCUUCUGUUUGCUCAAGAAUUUGGACAUCUGACAAGAUUUAGCUUUGCAUAUUUGGCUAGCUCUUUGGGCACUUGCCAGUUGCCAAAUAUAAAUGAGAUAAAAAGAUGCUAAUCACAAAAAGCUCGGAAGUGGGAAAUUGUAUUAGUGAUAUCUGCGAGUGUGGGUAGGAAUCAGAAUCUAAAUUCAAGUUGCACUCACUGUCUGACUAUGCCAAGGAAUGUCAUUUGCUUCUUUAUCUUUUCAAAGCGAUCUGCAUGGCUGAGAGACAAUUUUACAGUGUAUGAGCAAUAGUGAUGGUAAGUGAUACACUUGUGGUUUUUAAGGUAAAGGCUGUAAGAACACUGUGAAAAUUUUGCAAAUUUUAUUAACUAUUGCAACUUUCAUGUGUCUUCACUUCUCAUUGUCUUGCAUGUAUUGCCAAAUUCUCACAGGCAUAUAAAACAGUGCAUGAUUUGUAAAUUACAUUCCAAUGUCCAGUUGUGGGUUAACUUUACUUUAAAAGUGCCCACGGGGAUGAUAAAACAACCAAUUUCCUGCCAGCACAAAAGCCACUGACCAAGACUAGUGAGUGAGUGAGUUCCAAUUAUUUGUUGAGUCUUUAACAUCCAGUUGUGGAUAUCUAGAAAUAUUUUGGGAACUGUGCCCUCCAUCAAAUUUCUGAUAUGGAAGAAAGUUCUCUGUUUUCUUCCUUGCUACCUUUGCACUGUUUCUUGCUUACCCCCUAGGGUGGGGAAGGAUACACAUUGCCAUGCCACUACCAUUUUUGUCCUCCAGCAGAAGAUGAAGAUAAUUGCUGCCCACUAGCAAUACUCCUGAGUCCCAAGAACAGAUGAGGGCGAGAAGGCUUAUAGAUCUACCUGACUUGAGACUCCUGUUGCACCUCUCUUUUCAGAAACUUUGGGGAAAUAGUAAUCUGCUGGAAAGUCCCACACUGCUGUUCCCCACAUCCUUUUCUCCAGUCCCAUUUUAAAGCUGUUCCUUGGCUUGAAGGGACAGAAACAGAGCAGAUUUUCCACCAAGUGCUAUGUUCACACCGUCACCCAGUUUUCCAAGCAAUUUCCUGGAUAACAGUGUCAUAAGGGUGAUAUGAGAGAGAAUUUUCCCCCCUUGGUAGGGAAUUCUUAUCUCUAAUAUCUGUAAACAGGAUUGAGAAGUACAGAGCUGGAUGAAGUCUUACAUCUGAGGGGCCAGAAGCUGCCAGAGCCAUUGAAGCUAAAUUCGGUCCACAAGCUGACACUUUCUUACCUCUAAAUGGAUCCACCAAGGAAAAUACUAUUUGGGGGUUGUGGAGUUUGUUUUUUGUCAUUACUGAUGACCCUAGCCUAUGCACAAGAUUAUUUUCUACUGUUUCUUAAAGUCUCACUGGGCUCAGCUCACCUUUAAAGCUUAGCUAAUAAGGGUUGCCACCUUUUGUUGUGGUAGAGCUCCUGAGUCUUUAAGUACUGUGUGUUACAAGCAAAAAUGGCAAUGGAAACAUCUGGCACAGAGGUGCUGUCACGGAAUAUUUGUAUUUACUGCAUUUCUGUUAUGCAGCUGUUAAAGGCUCAUAAACUCUCAUGGAAAAAAGGGGAUGAUCUUAAGCUCGCCAGCUUCUUUCCUACAGUCAGAAUCAAUGGGCAUAGGUAACUCUUAGCCUUUUCUAGAGUGGAAUUUGCAGCAUGGUAUACAUAAUAUAAAGAAGACAUAUGCAAUAUAAAGAAGAAAAGGGUAGAGUAAUUGGUGGUGGGCUACUGAUUCUUUGAUGUGAAACACAACUGAUGAUUUUGUUCUUAAGAGGUUGCAAAUGGAGAGGAAAUUGUUAGCUGAAAGGGGUUUCUUGCAAUAUCAAGUAGCUUCAUGAUCGUCUUAACAUAAAUUAUUUUAUGAAAACUGAAAUCAUUCCUAAAUUAACACCUGAGUGGAGCACUGUUCAAGUCGGUUCUUUUGCAAUCUCAAAAUUAGUUUACUUGAAUAGUCAUGUGAGAUACAAGUUGUUUGAAAUGAACUUUAGUUAGGAGAAAAGCUGACAUCAGCUUUCAUCCACAUAAACUGACACUAAUGUGUCAACCUUAUUUUCAGAAAUUAGUGUUUUUAUAUAUUAAAAAGACUACUGCAAAGAAUUUUUACUAUUCUCCAUAAGAUAGAAUACUUGUGUGUGAGAGGAACCUCUGUUAAUAGGAUUUUAUUAUGUAAAGUCUAUCAAAAUAUAAAUUAAUAAAAUAGUGCUACUAGAUGUAAUACAUUUUCUAAUAACUUUUUAAGAGAAGGAAUUUUCUUUUGUUUCAAGGGCUUGUUACACAGCAGUACAACAAUAACAAAAAUGCCGUUUUCCAUGCCUUGUGAUCUUUAUAAAAUUGUGGGAGUUGGAUUGGGGUUUUUUGGCUUGUGUGUAAUCCAGUAUAAGAACAAACCCUUUUUGUUUUGUGUAUUUCAUUAAAGAGAUUCUGUGGGAUAUUUUAAUGUCUAUAUUUGAAGUCCAGUGAACGUUAUGUGUUUGAUUUUCUCUGUUAAAUUUCCAUUCCUAAUAAAUAUUUUCUUAGCAAACAGCUUUAACACAAAAGUGUGUGACCAAUUUGUAAUUACUUGUUAAAAGUAGUCAUGUCAAAUAAAUGUCACUAAUUUGCAUUUCAAACAAACAAAACCCUGUUACAGUGUAAAUUGAAUAGAGUUAGGGUAGGAUUGGCAUGUGGCUGUGAGGGAAAUUAAGAUGACCGUGGCUGCUGAUCUUUUCCAUCUCUGAUUCUAUUAAUAUCUGUAGGAUCUGGCUUCAGUGCCAAGCUGCUCGUGCUUUAUUAAAUCGGUCUGGGUCUGCUGUCUGCAUACCAACAGAUAAUUCAGCAUGUUUAUGCAUAAAGUUGAUUGGCUUUAAAGGCGGGAGGGAUCAGAAUGGUAGCCUUUACCUUUUGAUCAGUUUUGUAAGGAAAGUAAGACUAAAGCAAUCUCAAGAGACACGGUAGGAAUGAGUUUUUUUAGAGAAAAUGCGGAGUAGAGGGGAAUCCAUUACCAACAACAUCACUUGUUAUGGAAAUCUGUGAAGAAGAUGAUGCACCCUGGUUUGGACAUAAGCAUUUGAAGAACCUUGUGAAAGCUGGAGGUUUCAGUAAAGAAAUCCAGACUGCCAGCAAGAAGCCAGAUUGGUAAACUGUUAUCUGGAAGGCAGAAAAAGGAAUGUGGUGCUACCUGAGAUACAUAUAGUGUACUUUG